UUUUCAGUGUCCCUUUAGGGGGUCCUAAGAUUCCCCUUUGGACAAAUAUAUUGUAAAAAGCAACACAUUUGUUUUCCAAAAUAAAAUAUCUUUAUGAAAUGUAUUUUUCAAAAAAGAAGUUUGAAUUUCAUGCCUAAAACUAGGUUAAUGUCAUAUUUUCAUACAUUUUUUGGAAAUAAGAAUAAAUUAAUCAGAAUGUUUUUUGAAAUAUUGUUAAAACACAUUUUGUUGAAAAUAUGUAAACCUUCAAAUAAUAAUCCAAAUCAACUCAAUUCCAUUUAAAUAAAGCAGUUUUUGCACAACAUUUAAUGCAUGUAAAUAUCGCUCAAUCAGUCCAGCCAGUUCAUUCAGCUGCUUCCCAUCAUGGAGCUGCUGGGACGUCUGACAACAGCUAAACUAUAUGAUGUGAAAACGGCUGCUAGUAUUGAUCCACUCUGAUGGUUAGUGUUGGAUGAUGUCCAGCAAAAGCCCAUUUGUCUCUUGUGCUUGAGACUGGACGGGUCACGCAAGUUUUUGUAAUGAGUCGACACUUGUGGAGGAAGUGAACGAUUUUUAAAACUUUGUGGUGAUCGUUUCACGACUGCAUGACCAGAGGGGGGUUGCGUCAGCAUCGGCAGUCCGUCCACGCUGCUGCACGGUAAUCAAAUUUACCACUUAAGAAAAAAACAAUCUUAUAUUUUUAUUCUACUAGCAAACAACAUUUUUGCUAUUAUUUUCUCAAUAAAAUGGUUCUUGAGUUGUAAUUAAGUCUUCUUCUUCUCAUUCAUCUCCAUCAGUCACGAUGGCAGAGUAAAGAUGGGGAACUGGAACUUCCUUGGAGGAGUUCUGGAGGAGGUCCACAUCCAUUCCACAGUGGUGGGUAAAAUCUGGCUCUCCAUUCUGUUCAUCUUCCGCAUGCUGGUGCUGGGGGUGGCAGCAGAGGAUGCAUGGAUGGAUGAGCAGGAGGACUUUGUUUGCAACACUGCCCAACCCGGCUGCAGGAACGUCUGCUACGACCGCGCUUUCCCCAUCUCCCUCAUCCGCUACUGGGUGCUGCAGGUCAUCUUUGUGUCCUCGCCCUCUUUGGUUUACAUGGGCCAUGCCGUCUACCGGUUGCGAACGUUGGAAAAGCAGAGGCAGAAGAAGAGAGCUCUGCUGUGGAAGGAUCUGGAGUUGGUAGAUGUGGAUCUUGCCAGGAGAGAAAUGAAACACCUCGAUCAGAGGAAGGUUAACAAAGCUCCUCUGAGAGGCGCGCUGCUCCGCACUUACGUGGCUCACAUCGUCGUCCGCUCUGUUGUUGAAGUGGCGUUCAUGGCGGGUCAAUACCUCAUUUAUGGAUUCCAACUCAGCCCACUCUACAAGUGUGACUGGGAUCCAUGCCCCAAUGCUGUUGACUGCUACAUCUCCAGACCAACAGAGAAGACCGUCUUCAUGGUGUUCAUGCAAAGCAUUGCUGCUCUAUCCUUCUCUCUGAGCAUUUUAGAGGUCAUGUAUCUGUGCUACAAAAUGAUUAGGAAGGUCACUCUGGACUUCUGUGCUAAAAAAGGAAAAAAUGUUCAAGAACUUGAGGAUUUUGAAGCCCAAAGGGAUAAAGUUACACCAAUUUGCAGCAGGGAAUCUCAUAAACGAAGAAUUCAGUCUGAGCAGAACCACCUAGAGCUCAUAGAGAGAAAACAAAGUUACCCAGAACUUAGGAAAACCUCGUUUCUACCUCCUCAGCUUCCCACUCAAGGAUGCUGCAGCCAAUCAACCUCUGCAGAGGCUCGCUCAUCCUUCUCCAACUUUCAUAUUAAUUCCAAAGAGAAGUCUGAAGGCUUUUACCUCCACGACUCCAGAGAUAAAAACGGUCAAAGGAAGAACAAACAGCCUCCCAAAUGUCUUCAGAGAGCAGCUCAUGCUUCUUCUCUCCCCUCUCUGCAUAUGAGGUCACCGAGGAGGCCAAAGGAGGAGCUGGACUCGUUCAAUUGUGCUCCUACAUUUGAGAUUAAACGUUCUGACACGGGGUCACAUGGAGGCACCAAAGCUAGCAGAGAAACUCCCUGUGAGAAAAUAAGUUCACAACCAACCGGUGGAUCGCUCGACGACUGCAGCACAAGAUCAGGAUGCGUCUCAUCACUGCCGUCCUCAAACGGCAAAACAUCAGCGGCAAGUGACACGAGCAGCAGAAGAGACACAGACCUGCAGAUCUAAAAACUGUUUAGUUUUUUUUCUUCAAUUUUGACUUUUUCAAAAUUAUUUGUUUUAAAUUGUAAAACAUUAGCAGUUUUAAUCAUAAUAGGUAUAAUUGAAGCCAUUUUUAGAUAGUGAGACAAAUGUAAACUGUGUCACAGGUUACAGCUAAUGCUACGAGUGCACGUCUACUUUGGAAUGUACUAUCACACUGAUAACAGGUGUUUUGCCUCUUCUUCAGUGGUUUUUCACCCAUAUUUCCAAGUUAUAUUAAAUUAUAAAUGUAAAUGCAUUAUAAAUCAAAUGCAAUCACAUUUUAGCAGGAAUUUAAAGCAAACAAUGAAUUGAAUAGCGAUUUUAACAUUGUGAAAUGCAUUUUCAAAUUGCAAGCAUGAAUUGUUAAUUGAGAAUUGAAUGUCACUUUGAAUUAUGGGUGAAAAAAAAAAAAACUUGCAUAGACUCAUCACAUUUCUGAGCAUAUCUAUGAGGAGUUCAAACAGUAGCAGUUUCCUAACCAACAGUUGCUGUUUUAUUCUCAGAUUUUGUAAAAGAAACUCAAAUUUAUAGAACUUUUGUUUUUUGCUUCUGGUGGGUAGAUUUAAGAAACCAAAGAAAGAGACAUU